CUUGGAUAAUACCAAGAUGGCUCAUCUAUCAACUCCACGUCUGCCCAAUGAAAUACUGGUCCUCAUAUUCAGCCAUUUUUGCCUUCACUGUCAAGAUGCCUACAAUGAAUCUUGGGACGAGAGACCACUUCGCUCCAUCGCAUCUCGGCGAAAGGAACAACAGGCUGAAGCAAAGCCGUGGUACUCAAUCGAUAGACAAACUCUCUGCUCGCUGUCUUUGACCUGCAGACAGUUCAGAGACAUUGCGCAGCCUGUACUGUAUCAUGAAUUUGUCUUGGGCUAUGGUGAUUCAUGGAUCUCAGAGGUAUAUCAGUGGGACGAUCGCCUUGCGCCAUUUAUUCGCACUUUGGCUCGUCGACCUGAUCUUGCCCGCCUUGUCAAGGUUAUUUAUAUCAGCCACCGCAUCUUUAGUACCUCAGAAGACAAAGAGGAGCCUCGGCGAAAUAUUCUUUUAGAGGCAGCCAACGCUCUCGGUGUAGAUCUCCCAGCGGCUUGGAAGGAACGUGUGGAGAUUUGGGACUAUAUAUGUCUGUGGGAAAAAUUUGACUGGCCAGAUGUCUAUCCCGUAUUUAGCGAGUUUUAUCUCGACGAUCACCGCAGACUAACAGAGAAGCAAGAACGGCAACUCCGAAGGGCAAUGAGUGAGAAGUCGAUGCCCGGCCGUCGCUGGAUGAAUGCCGAACUGAUAGCAAUGCUUCUAGCUCAUACGCCAAAUAUUGAGAUUAUCAGUAUCCAAAGCAGCCGCGGCUGGCCAACGUGCGGUAUUGCAGAGUCUUCAAUGCCUGCGCUUGGUGUCACUCAUUUGCCAGUCAAGAGCCUAGACCUAGGCAUGCCGGCUCACCCAAUAGUCAAGAUCUCUGACAAUCUUGAGACUCUGAAUUUCCAUGGAUAUAUAGGGAACUUGGGAUAUAUAAAGAUGGAAAUGCCUUCUUUGAAGAGUUUGAGGAUUACGGAGGGCUUUCUAUCAGCUGUGCGACUAUCAAAGGUUUUGGAAGGCUGUACCGGGGGUCUAGUUGCUUUUGAAUAUGAAGCCGCACAGGGACGGCGUCAGAAUAAUGAUUUCUGCCGCCGACGCUGGGAACACCGGCUGAUGCAGAGAUACUCGUGCAAUUCCUUCCUCGUUCCAUCGUUUCACUCGAAAUCUAUCGCGAUGGUAGAUGUUUCGUGA